GGGGCAUGGAGUCCCGGUGAGCUCUGUGCGCAUGUGCGGGGCGGUGAGGGGGCUUUGGGGGCCUCGCCUAGGAGAGUGAGGCUCUGCCGGCCCUGCCCUGGAAGGCGCCAUGGAGGUCCCUGCCCCUCAGCCCGUGAAGCAGGAGGGUCCGGCCCCCGAGGGCCUGACCCUGGACUCGCCCUGGCACCGCUUCCGCCACUUCCACUUGGGCGACGCGUCGGGCCCCCGCGAGGCACUGGGGCUGCUCCGCGCCCUGUGCCGGGACUGGCUGCGGCCCGAGGUGCACACCAAGGAGCAGAUGCUGGAGCUGCUGGUGCUGGAGCAGUUCCUGAGCGCCCUUCCCGCCGACACCCAAGCCUGGGUGUGCAGCCGGCGGCCCCAGAGCGGGGAAGAGGCCGUGGCCCUGCUGGAGGAGCUCUGGGGGCCGGCGACCUCCCCAGACCGGUCGUCAGCGAUGAAGGCACCUCGGGAGAUGACCGAAGGCUCCGGGGUCAGUGUUGGAAAGGAAGACAGUGGGAUGAUCCCCUUGGCAGGAAACACGGACCCCGGUGUGGAGGUGCCCGCAACCGGCGGGGACGCCCAAGCCGCGCGGCCCUACAAGCAGGAACCCAGCAGCCCCCCGCUGGCCCCUGGCCUGCCGGUCUUCCUGGCGGCCCCAGGCACCACCGCCUGCCCCGAGUGCGGCAAGACGUCCCUGAAGCCGGCGCACCUGCUGCGCCACCGGCAGAGCCACUCGGGUGAGAAGCCACACGCCUGCCCCGAGUGUGGCAAGGCCUUCCGGCGCAAGGAGCACCUGCGGCGCCACCGCGGCACGCACCCCGGUGCCCCGGGGCCGGCCCUGCGCCCGCUGCCGGCCCGCGAGAAGCCGCACGCGUGCUGCGAGUGCGGCAAGACCUUCUACUGGCGCGAGCACCUGGUACGCCACCGCAAGACGCACUCGGGCGCGCGGCCCUUCGCCUGCUGGGAGUGCGGCAAGGGCUUCGGGCGCCGAGAGCACGUGCUCCGCCACCAGCGCAUCCACGGGCGGGCGGCGGCCAGCGCGCAGGGGGUGGCCGCGCCGGGCCCCGAGGGCGGGGGCCCGUUCCCACCCUGGCCCCUGGGCUAGCCUCCGCUGCCGCCGCCGACCCGCGUCCCUCCAUGUCCCAGCCUUUCUCCUCCCCCUGUCGGAACUUCCAGUGCCCCUUGUCCGCCCCUUCCCAGGGCUCCCUGUCCGGUUGGGCGGCCACCUCCGCCCUCCCGGCCUCUUCUCUGAUUCCCCAGCUUCUGUGCUGCCUCGCGGCCCCGGGCCAGCUCAUCUGUCCCUGCCUCGGGAGCCCAGGCCGAGCCUGGAAGCCCAGCCGCCAGCCCAGGGGCGCAGGGAUGGAGAAGCUCAGGGAAG